GCGCGCAGUGGCAGCGCCGCUGGGCGGGAGGCGCGGCGGCUGGACUGGCGGGCGGUCGCCUCGCAGGUGCACCUCGGGCUUUGUAGGUGCGAGCGUCUUUGUGCGGCGGACAAAUGGGGAGAGGACGAGGAGGUGGGCACUCGAGCGACGUAAGAUCCACAUCAGCUCAACUGCACUCGUCUCGCAGAGGCCACCCGCUCACUUCCCGCGGAGGCGCUCCCGGGCGCCGCGCUCCGCGGCCGCCGCCUGCCCCCGCCCGCCGCGCCGCCUCCGCCGCGCACGCCGCGCCCCGCAGCGCCUGGCUUCCUCCUUGCUAGGGUGGCGUUGGGCUGGCGCGGGCGUUCGGGUGACUGCAGCUGCUCGGCUCUCCGCCCCCCGCCCUGCGCCGCGCGGCUGCCCCGUCGCUUCGCACAGGGCUGGAUGGUUGCAUCGGGCAGGGUGGCUCCAGGAUGUUAGGGACUGUGAAGAUGGAAGGGCAUGAGAGCAGCGACUGGAACAGCUACUACGCGGACACACAGGAGGCCUACUCCUCGGUCCCCGUCAGCAACAUGAACUCGGGCCUGGGCUCUAUGAACUCCAUGAACACCUACAUGACCAUGAACACCAUGACCACCAGCGGCAACAUGACCCCAGCUUCGUUCAACAUGUCCUACGCAAACCCGGGCCUGGGCGCCGGCCUGAGUCCGGGCGCGGUGGCUGGCAUGCCAGGAGGCUCCGCGGGCGCCAUGAACAGCAUGACGGCUGCGGGCGUGACGGCCAUGGGGACAACGCUGAGCCCCGGCGGCAUGGGCGCCAUGGGCGCGCAGCCCGCGGCCUCCAUGAACGGCCUGAGCCCCUACGCCGCUGCCAUGAACCCGUGCAUGAGCCCCAUGGCGUACGCGCCGUCCAACCUGGGCCGCAGCCGAGCGAGUGGCGGCGGCGACGCCAAGACUUUCAAGCGCAGCUACCCGCACGCCAAGCCGCCCUACUCGUACAUCUCGCUCAUCACCAUGGCCAUCCAGCAGGCGCCCAGCAAGAUGCUCACGCUAAGCGAGAUCUACCAGUGGAUCAUGGACCUCUUCCCUUAUUACCGGCAGAACCAGCAACGUUGGCAGAACUCCAUCCGGCACUCGCUGUCCUUCAACGACUGCUUCGUCAAAGUGGCGCGAUCCCCGGACAAGCCAGGCAAAGGCUCCUACUGGACGCUGCACCCGGACUCCGGCAACAUGUUUGAGAACGGUUGUUACUUGCGCCGACAGAAGCGCUUCAAGUGUGAGAAGCAGCCAGGGGCCGGGGGCGGAAGCGGGAGCGGAGGUGGCGGCGGCGGCGGCGGCGGCGGCGCCAAGGGCGGCCCGGAGAGCCGCAAGGACCCCUCGAGCGCCGCCAACCCCAGUGCCAAUUCUCCCCUUCAUCGGGGCGUGCACGGUAAGGCGGGCCAGCUAGAGGGCGCGCCGGCCCCCGGGCCGGCUGCCAGCCCCCAGACUCUGGACCACAGCGGGGCGACAGCGACAGGGGGCGCCUCGGAGUUGAAGACUCCAGCCUCCUCGGCGGCGCCCCCGAUCAGCUCUGGGCCAGGGGCACUGGUUUCUGUGCCUCCCUCCCACCCGGCGCAUGGCCUGGCACCCCACGAGUCCCAGCUGCACCUGAAAGGGGACCCCCACUACUCCUUCAACCACCCCUUUUCCAUCAACAACCUCAUGUCCUCCUCGGAGCAGCAGCACAAGCUGGACUUCAAGGCGUACGAGCAGGCACUACAGUACUCGCCCUAUGGCGCUGCGUUGCCCGCCAGCCUGCCGCUCGGCAGCGCCUCGGUGGCCACCAGGAGCCCCAUCGAGCCCUCAGCCCUGGAGCCAGCGUACUACCAAGGUGUGUAUUCCAGACCCGUCCUAAACACUUCCUAGCUCCCUGGGACUGGGGGUUUGUCUGGCAUGGCCAUGCUGGUAGCAAGAGAGAGAGACACACAGAGAGAAAAUCAACAGCAAACCAAACCACACAUAUCGAGCCGACAACAGCAUAAUAAAAUCCCAACUAUUUUUAUUUCAUUUUUUUUGUGUGUGUGCACAAUCUUUUCCCCAGUGCAAAGGACUGUUACUUUGUUAUUGUAUUCAAAAUGCUUUGUGUAUAUUAUUACAAAGAAAACCCAUCCCAAACCAACAAAAAAUUUUUUCCUGCCAAGUUUAACGAUCCACAAAUGUAUAUAUAAAAUCUUCCUAUUUCCUUAUUCCUGUCCCUUCCCUCUUUCCCCUCCAGACACAUUCCAGUCUGUGCAGGGUUUAUUUAAAAAAAAAAGAAGAA